AUGGACUGUGUGGCUGAAAUUAUGGAGAGUCAGAUCGUAGCAUCUGCAGGACAUUACUACUUUUGUCAGGCUGAAAAACGUACAAUGUCACAUUCAAGUCCAGCCACCUUUGGGCAUGUAUGCAAUGUGGUGAUGCACAUACACAAAAGAGGGAGCGGCCGGAGCAAGCCCGCCGUGGCCAAGCGGCUCCCGCACGCGCUGAUCGUGGGCGUCAAGAAGGGCGGCACCCGCGCCGUGCUGGAGUUCAUCCGCGGCCACCCGGCCGUGCGCGCCCUCGGCACCGAGCCCCACUUCUUCGACCGGCACUACGAGCGGGGCCUGGAGUGGUACAGGCUCCUGAUGCCCCGCACCCUGGAGAGCCAGAUCACCAUGGAGAAGACACCCAGCUACUUCAUCACCAGAGAAGCCCCCCAGCGCAUCUUCAACAUGUCGCGGAACACGAAGCUGAUUGUGGUGGUGAGGAAUCCCGUCACCAGGGCCAUCUCGGACUACACCCAGACCCUCUCCAAGAGGCCGGGCAUCCCCACCUUCGAGGGGCUCUCUUUCCGCAACCGCAGCCUCGGCCUGGUGGACACUUCCUGGAGCGCCAUCCGCAUCGGCCUCUACGCGCUGCACCUGGAGAGCUGGCUCCAGUACUUCCCGCUCUCCCAGAUCCACUUUGUCAGUGGGGAGCGGCUCAUCACGGACCCUGCAGAGGAGAUGGCCAAAGUACAGGACUUCCUGGGCCUCAAACGGCUCAUCACCGAGAAACACUUCUUCUUCAACAAGACCAAGGGCUUCCCCUGCUUGAAGAAGGCCGGGGGAGGCCCGCUGCCCCGCUGCCUGGGGAAAUCGAAAGGCAGGCCUCAUGUCCAGAUUGACCCAGAUGUGCUGGAGCAGCUGCAGGACUUCUACCGCCCCUACAACAUCCGCUUCUAUGAGGCUGUGGGGCGAGACUUCCGCUGGGAAUGA